GUAGCCGCCGUAGCCAUUGAAGAUGAGUGAAGGGAGCCACGGCCUAGAGGAAGUUCGACAGAGCUUCCGACAAUUUGACUUGAAUGGAGAUGGAGUCAUCGACCAAACGGAGCUCACAAAUGUGCUGCAAACUGUGGAUCCUGACAUUUGGACAGAUGAAGCUGUGAAGACGUUACUGGGGAACAUGGAUCGAGCUGCCACUGGACAGGUCCAAUAUGAAGACUUUGUGGAUUGGUUGGAUCAAGGGCUGGACUCCACCAUCUCCCGCAACUUUCGGAGCGCGUACGAGCAAUUGCAGAACAGCGACAAUGAGUCAGAAGAGGCGAAGAGCGCGCAGAAUUCGGCCAGCCUAGGUGACUUCAAGCCCCCCAAGGGGGCAAAAGGCAAGUCCUCAAAUUCUCCAGGUGUGAAAUGCGACAAGACCUUAGAGUUCGGCAAACCCAUUCGAAAUGCUAUCUGCAUCGGUGAUGAGGUGUGGACAGUCGAUUGGCAUGGCGUGGUCACAGUGCGUGACCGCGACAACGCCUCAAAAGUCUUGGGAAAUAUUCCUACAGACAGGUUUGUUUGGAGCAUGCUCCAUAUGAAGCCAGGGCUCAUGUGGAUGGGUCAAGAGGCAUUUGGGAUUUCCCUCUUCGACUCCAAAAAGAAGGAACCCAAAGGCACCUUGAUGGGUGGCCACACUGGUGGCGUCACCUGCCUCGCUUGCGACGACAGCCUGGGGGACAACGAUGCGCAGGACUUUCCUGUCCGAAAAGCUUGGAGCGGCAGUAACGACUUCACCAUCCGUGAAUGGCACAUCCACACCUGGCGAGCGAAGAAAACGGUUCCAGCCAUGGUGAAGGAAGACAAAGAAGCAGCGGUCGUGGAACUUGGUCGCUGGAAAGUUGGCAUUUUGAAAGGAAUGCACAUGCACGGCCACAAGAACGGCCUGAAGACCUUGCUGAAGCUGGGACCCAUCCUUUGGUCAGGAGCUGAUGAUGGUGCUAUCAGGUUAUGGCGCUGCAUCGAUGGUGAAUGCAUUGAAAUUGUGGAGGACGCACACGUGGGGUCUGUCAACAAGCUCACGGUGGUGAAAUGCUUCGUUUGGUCAGCUGGAUCUGAUGGCCUCAUCAAGGAGUGGAACAUGACUGGGGAGAAGCGAGAGUGUCUUCGGCAAGUUGCACCCCCCGGCAGUGAGAAAGGCAUCUACGCGCUGCUGCCCUUGGGUCACGACUUCUGGGUCUGCGGCCAUCAUCCGACCAUCCAGGUCUUCUCGCAGCGCGACAUGGCACAGACCUCGGCGGAGGACGGCCACAAGCCCUACGUGUCCAAUUUGAUUGGCGUGGAUCGGGUGGAGUCCAAGAUUGUUUGGAGCACAUCAUUCGGAGAUCGGAAGUUGAAGGUGUGGAGACACACCACGCGCGGGGACGAACCAUCUGUGGAUGAGUUGAAAGCUGCAAAUAUCCUAUACCAGCAGGAGGAGGAGACACAAGCGGAGCGCAUCGGCGGAUAUUUGAAACGGAUUCAGCAGCUGCAGCAGUCAGAAGAUCAGUUGGACGAGCGCAACAAGACCUGCCAGGAACUCCAAGCCGCCUUGGACGCUUUGCGUCAGAUCUUUGCAGAAGCUGGUCUGGAGCACCUGCUGUCAGAUCCAGAUGCCCUGAAGGCCUUUACACAGCGUGGGGCGAAGCUGGAGGAAAUUCUGCGACGCCUGGGAUUGGAAGCAUUGCUGGAGGAUCCUGAAGAGAUGGGCCGCCUGCUGGAGCUGAUGAAGAAGAUCCAGGAAGUCAUGGAGCGAUGUGGCCUGCUGGAUCUCUUGGAGAAUCCAGAAGCUCUGGAAGCGGUGCUGUCGCGUUACAAGGCGAUGAAAGCGGCCUUUGAGAGUCAUGGUUUCAGCGACCUUUUUGAGGAUCCCACCAAGCUGGAUGCCUUCUUAGCCACACACCGACAGGUGCGUAAUGUCUUUGAGGAGUUCCAGCAAACGCCAUUGAUAGAUGAUGCAGAAGUUGCUCGACAGUUCUUUGAGCAGCGGCAGAAAGAUUUGGAGGCGUCUCAAUCCACCAGCGACGCACUGAAAGCUUUGGAGACUGAAAUGGCCGCGCUGCGCAGACAACUCGAGGAAGCCCAGCAAUCAAGAGAUAGUUUCGAAAACGACUAUCUGAAGCUCCUGCAGAAGUAUGACCAGACUGGAGAGGAUCGACUUUUGAUGGCGAAGCUUCGGCAGGUCUUUGAGGAGGCGGGACAAAGUCGAUUGCUGGAAGAGUUUGAGACUGCCAGCACCACUGAUGGACUGGAUGAAGAUCCUGCUGAUGAAGAGGAAGUCGGGGAGGGUGAUGAAGAGGGUCCUGAGGAUGAGCCGGAUGAAGGUGGUGAAGAGCCGGAUGAAGGAGAUGAAGGAGAUGAAGGAGAUGAAGGAGAUGAAGGAGAAGAAGGAGAUGAACCGGAUGAAGGAGAUGGAGAUGAAGAGGAAGAAGAGGAAGCAGGCGAAGACGACCAACUUGAUGACAAAGCCAAAGGCAAAGUUGCUUCGGAAGAUACUGAUGGCAAAGUCAAAGCUGCACCCAAAGGCAAAGCACCGCGUCCGCCUGCGCAGCCCUUCCCCGCGCUGCGGAAAUAUCUCUUCCGGACCAAUGCCUUCGAACGUGUGCUCCGUGAGGAAGGCAUGGAGUAUCUGCUGGAUGAUCCCAACGAUUUGGGUCGACUGUUACGACUUCUCAGAGAGCUGAUGAAGAUCCUGGAGACAUAUGGAUUGAAAGAAGCAGAGAGAGAUCCCACCCGUCUGGCUGAAGUGUUAUCGGCCUACCGACAGCUGGAGGCAGCUUUCAAGGAAUAUGACAUGCAAGAACUUUUUGAAGAUCCUGAAUACUCGUUGAAGGCCUUCUUGCGAAAUCACCAUCGCAUUCGAGCGGAGUUUGAGAAGUAUGGCCUUGGGUAUUUGUUCGACAGUGUUCCCUCCAUGCGGGAUUUUCUGGCAAAGUACAAGGAUAUGGAGGAGGAACUGAAGGCCAUGAAAGCCGCCCGCGCGGGCGAGAAAUUGGCCGAACGAGAUGCAGAGAUGCAGCGGUUGGAAAGCAGGUUGACGAAGAAGGAGGAGGAAAUUGAUGCGUUGAAGGAACGACUGAAAGAGUUUGAACAGCUUGGGGACGUGGCAGCUAUACAGAAGUGGAAGGCGGAUUCGGAGGAGUUGAAGCGCAUUCAACGGCUCUACAACUCCGUCUCCAGCAGAUUAGCCGAGCUUGAGCGUCUUCUGGCCGCCAAAGAGCGGGAAAGAGAAGAAGCUGAAGCUCGAGAGAGGAUGAUGGCAGUGAAGUACAAGGAGCUUGACAUUUUUAAGUUGGACAUCAUCGCCCGCGAGCUAAAAGCCUUGGACAAUGAGCUGGGGCGUGUGGGCGGUGGUGUCAAAAGUCUACAUCAAGAUGCCGGAAGACUGAGGAACUAUGAUGAGCAACAAAGUAUUGGUCAUCAGAGUGAUCAGCUUCUUGAUCAGUGCAAACAGCUGCGCUCUCACAUCAGAGAUGUCAUCAACAAAUGUCUCUCAGAGACCCAGAAGAUGCACAUUGGUGUGGGCAUCGAUGACUACAUGGCAGCUGGUGAGCUGAAGGAUGGAGGUACAAUGAUUGCCACCAUCUACGAAGAGAUUGAGCGCCCGGAUCAUGGGAGCUCCAAGGCUGCGAAGCUGCGACAGCAGGAUGAGCGUAGAAGGUGAUGGCACGCGGUGAUGGCGUGGUGAUGGCGUGGUUUUUCGCGUAGUGCAGGUCAAAACGCGGGGAAUUUGAAAGCUGGUG